ACUGUAUAUAUGUGAACGCGUAUACUUUUCCACCGUCGUUGAAUCUUGAGAGUUGAGAGAGACAAAUAUCCGUCGAGGAGGCGAGAGCUCGUAGGGCCGGGGAAGCGAGACGACCGCCAUGGCAGGCGCUACCAACGGCGGAGGUAACGGCGGGAACGGCGGCGGGAAGGUGAUCAGCCUGCCGCUGCAGUACUUCUGCGUGCUGGCGGCGGUCGUGGUGGCCGUGAUGGUGCUGUCGCUGGCCUUCAUGUCGCCGGCGGCCAUGGUGGCCGUCCGCCCGAACCUCGGCUCCGUGGCGACCGCCUCCGCCGGGAGCAGCAGCAACAGCAGCGCCGCCAGAGCGGGAGGCGCGGGCCUGGCUGCGCGAGCACCGCAGGUGCCCCGGAAGGAGAAGGAGCAGGCGCAGCAGCCGCCGGUGGUGCUGUUCAACUUCGGCGACUCGAACUCGGACACCGGCGGCGUGGCGGCGGCCGGAGGCAUCCGGAUCAUGCCGCCGGAGGGCCGCACCUACUUCCGCCGCCCCACCGGGCGGCUCUCCGACGGCCGCGUCAUCAUCGACUUCUUCUGUGAGAGCCUGGGCACCCAUGAGCUGAAUCCAUAUCUCAAGGGAAUUGGUUCAGACUACAGCAACGGCGUCAACUUCGCCAUGGCUGGCUCGACAGCGAGUCACGGUGUCUCUACCUACUCCUUGAACGUCCAGAUCGACCAGUUCGUCUACUUCAGGCACAGAUCCCUCGAGAUGUUCAAACGAGGACUGAAAGGCCCGGUGAGCAAGGAGGGGUUUGAGAACGCUCUGUACAUGAUGGACAUUGGUCACAAUGACAUGGUUGGCGUGGCGCACACACCAUCCGAUAACUGGGACAAGAAGAUCACCGAUAUCGUCGGCGAGGUCAGAAAGGCGAUUUCGAUUCUCUACGACAAUGGCGCAAGGAAGUUCUGGAUCCACGGCACCGGCGCCCUGGGGUGCCUGCCGGCAUUGGUGGUGCAAGAGGAGAAGGGCGAGCACGACGCGCACGGCUGCCUCGCCGGCGUCAACGGGGCCGCCAAGGCGUACAACAAGAAGCUCAGCCAGCUCUGCGACGACCUGCGGUUCCACCUCAAGGACGCCACCAUCGUGUACACCGACAUGUUCGCCAUCAAGUACGACUUCGUCGCCAACCACACCAAAUACGGGAUUGAGUGGCCGUUCAUGGUGUGCUGCGGCAACGGCGGGCCUCCGUACAACUUCAAGCCGGGGAAGCCCGGAUGCGGCGACCUAUGUCCGCCGGAGGCGAAGGUGGUCAGCUGGGACGGCGUGCACUUCACAGAUUUCGGCAGCGGGCUUGCGGCCAAGCUCGCGAUGAGUGGCGAGUACUCCAAGCCCAGAGUGAAGCUGGCAAGCUUGAUCCAUGGCGGCUCCAAGAAAGCGUCAGAUUCUUGAUGCGGAUCAAUGAGUUCACGACCUUUGAAUCCAUCAACUGUAGAUGGGGUAAUGGGGAAGAACAGGGGAUGAAGGCCGUUGUGGUUGGAGAUGAUGCUUCGGACUGUUUCUUGACUUCGAUUGACUCCUUGUACACAGAAGGCAAAGUAGCAAUGGAGAUGCUCAGUUACAAGCAAAAGUCGGGUGCCUUGAUUUGUGGUGCAGUCGUGCAGAGUAUAAAGAUUUUGUACCUUGGUGUACGUGUAUAGACUACAUUUAUGAUAGUUAUUACGAUUUCCCAUAGCUCCUAAAGGAAAUUUGGCGUGCCUUGUUAUUUCCUUUUAAUUUGAAAAGAAAUAGAAAGCAAUGAGCAUGUUUGGCCUCUCA